AAGAACUCCGUCAUUAAUAUUUCGAAUUUAGAACACUUCAGUUGAAUUUAGAACCGUUGACGUCGACGACGUUCUUUUUAUGAAAAUUUGAAUUUGGAUUCUGAAUUCGAGUUGUAGUUUUUUUUUAUUAAGUUCGAGUUUUUUUUAAGUUUUCAAAAUGGGUUUCUUAGAGGAUCGAGACCUAAGUAGUGUACCAAGUAUAGCAGACUUUUACAAAGGGAAGACUAUAUUCAUUUCUGGUGGAUCUGGUUUUAUGGGCAAGGUCCUGGUGGAGAAACUCCUCUACUCCUGCCCAGAUCUCGAUAGGAUAUACCUUCUUCUCAGAAACAAGAAGGGCGUUAAAUCAGAAGAUAGACUUGCUCAGUUGCUUUCUUCUUUGUGUUUCGACCGACUUCGUAGAGAGAGACCAUCAUUUGCGUCAAAAGUCUUCGUCAUCGCUGGAGAUGUCUUGGAAGUUGGACUGGGGUUAUCGGAAGAAGAUCGAACUCUUCUUGUCAACCGUGUCAAUAUCGUGUUCCAUGUCGCUGCUAGUGUCAGGUUUGACGAUCCUCUGGAGUAUGCUGUCAGGAUGAACCUCCGAGGCACCAAGGAGAUGGUGGAACUCGCUGCAGAUAUGAGGAAUUUAUGCUCUUUCAUCCACGUAUCGACCUCGUACUCCAACACAAACAGAGACCCCAUUGAGGAGAUCCUGUACCCUCCUCACGCCGACUGGAGAGACACGCUGGAUGUCUGCGAGAAGACUGACCCUCAUAUCUUGAAGGUUCUUACUCCUAAGUAUUUAGGAGAACUGCCAAACACAUACACAUUCUCUAAGCAGUUGGCUGAAAACGUGGUAGCGGAGUAUGCCGGGAAACUGCCCGUUGUCAUCAUCAGGCCUUCUAUCGUAAUAUCAAGCGUGGAAGAACCAGUGCCAGGAUGGAUUGAAAACUUCAACGGUCCAGCAGGUCUACUGGUUGCUUGUGGAAAAGGUAUCAUGCGCAGUCUGUACACGGACCCUGACCUCAUAGCGGACUACAUGCCAGUCGAUAUAUCUAUCAAGAGCUUCAUCGUAGCGUCCUGGUUAAGAGGAACUAAGGAACUAUCACCAUCAGACGACGUGCCAAUCUACAACUGUUGUGCCGGCAAGCUCAACAACAUCACCAUGGGAGAGAUGGUGACUAUAGGCCGACAGAUCUACCCCUCCGUGCCCCUCAACGAUAUGCUGUGGCAUGUGGGAGGAGACCUCACUACGUCCAAGACUGUACAUUAUAUUAAGGUUAUAUUGCUGCAUUUAUUACCGGCCAUAUUGGUGGACACCAUUCUUUGGGCAAUGGGUAGAAAACCCUUACUGGUCAAAAUCCAACGCCGCAUCUACAUAGCAAACCUUGCUCUAAUGUACUACAUUACGAAGCAGUGGACAUUUGACAAUAAAAACCUGGUGCUCCUCCGAUCCAAGAUCAAGGAAGUCGACAGGAAAUCAUUCUAUUAUGAAAUAGAAAAUGUUGACAAGUAUGAGUAUUUUGUGAACUCAGUCAAAGGAGGGAAAAAGUAUUUGCUGAAGGAGAAAGAUGAAGAUUUGCCGAAAGCUAAAAUUCAUUAUCAGAGGAUGCUGAUACUAGAUACGAUGAGCCAAAUACUCUUCUACGGCUAUGUAUUCUGGUGGUUCCUACACUUGAGUUUUGUACAAAAUUUUAUAUCCAACCUCUUUAGCAAUGUCUGAACAAACAUCAGGUUUACAUACAUGGUUUCUUUAACGAAGGGAAGAAGGAGAUAUAUUUUUGAAAAUGUUAAACAAUUCGUGAAUUGAUAAAAUAGUUUUUAUGGAAUAAAUGUGUAAUUGUAUGAAAUAUAAGGUUUUAAGAUUAA